CCUCUGCCGUGUGGUUACAUCACCUGCAGGGAAGCUAGCCUGUCUCUUGAUCCGUGUCAAUUGAGGUCUGGUAGCCCAUAUUAUAUACUUGGCUCAUCUCAGCCUGCUCUGUUUGAUACUCUUCUUCACAGCACCUAUGCUGCCGGCAUCAUUCUCUACCUGAUCAGUCACAACGAUGGCCAACUCUCGGGGUGAUGACUCUCUUCUGCUCGCUUUCAUUAGGCAGCCAUUCACCGUAUUAUACAUUUUACUGCAGAGGGUCUUAGAAUAUAUCUUUGCUCCUGCGCCGCCGCCAUUGUCGGAGCGCCGUGAAAAGCUCCAUCGUCCUCGGAUUGCCGUGAUUGGGGCCGGUUUGACAGGUAUCUCGUCAGCAGCUCAUUGUGUCGGUCAUGGCUUCGAUGUCAAGAUCUUCGAAGCAAGGUCCAGGGAUAAAGGACUGGGAGGAAUAUGGAGUAGAGUGAACUCAACCUCUGCAUUGCAAAUCCACAGCAUCAUGUACCGCUUCCAUCCUUCAGUCAGAUAUGACUCGGCCUACCCGACCCAGGAGCAGAUCCGACAACAGAUUAUCGAAGUCUGGAAGCGCUACGACCUUCCCGACCACACCGUCUUCGAUACACCCGUGAAAUCGACGAAGCAAAAUAGAGAAGGUAAAUGGAUAAUAAACGACAAUGAGCAGGAGCAUGGCCUCUUUGACGGCAUCGUCGCAGCGGUUGGUGUCUGCGGCGAGCCAAAGAUGCCCCCCCUACCCGGCCAGGAGAAGUACAAGGGUCCGAUCUUCCAUUCUAGCAACCUUGACGGGAAAGACGCCAAGGGGAAAAGGGUCCUUAUUGUCGGUGGAGGAGCCAGUGCUAUCGAGGCCCUUGAAUUUGCCGUCAAGGCUGGGGCUGCCGAGAUAGACGUCCUGUCUCGUUCAGACAAAUGGGUCAUCCCGCGAAAUUUCUUUGUUCAAACAUUACUGGCUAUGAAUGUCUUUGGCCAGGAAACGUUCUUCACUUGGAUCCCUGAGUGGUUUCUGAAAAAGUUCUUCUAUCGAGACCUGCAGGAUAUCGCCCCCAAGGGUGGCUUGUACACUGGUACGCCUAUGGCAAACAAUGAUCUCUUCGAACAAAUUCGCAAGGGCAAGGCACGUUGGCUCCGAGGUGACAUCGUUUCCUUGGAGGAAGACGGUGUUCUGUUCAAUCAUCGUGAGAAAGGAGUGCCCAAGGACGGACCGGGUCACGAGGCUGUUGUGCCUGGAGACCUCAUAAUCAUGGCCACCGGCUUCAAGCGUCCAUCGCUAUCAUUCCUUCCAGACAAGGUGUUUGAGCCCCCGUAUGCCCCUCCAAAUUGGUACCUCCAAGUCUUCCCUCCUGCAUAUCCCAGCAUCUGCGCCAACAACAGUACGUAUGUCAAUGCUAUCGGAACGGUAGGAAACUACCACAUUGGCAUCUAUACCCGCUUCCUGCUCAUGUUUCUUGUCGAUCCUCUGACUCGACCAACCGAGGGCUGGAUGAAGACCUGGAUUGACUUCACGCGGACCAUGAAAAGACUAGCGCCCACAGGUGCAUUCGACUUCUUCACAUAUGCUGAGCUGAUUUACUGGUAUGUCUUCGUCAUCAUUGUCAAUCCGUUCCGCUGGAAGUGGGCUCUCUUUGUCUUCUUCGGUAUCGGACGUUCUUUACCCAUGAAGAUUGUCGAGCAUGAGGGUUACAUUCGGGACCAAUUUGGUGACGAGAAGAAUGGUCAUAAGUAGUCAUCUUAUCAUGCCUAUCUCCGAAUGAACCUCCGUGAACUCGACGAGUGUCACUUACAUAUCUAGCUCCAUAUGUCGAUGCCAAUCUCAUGACGAUGUA